AUGGAGACAUUGUCAGAAGUCAGCCAACAUGUCCAAGAGAAGCAUCAAGUAAUGGAAAAGGAGGUGGAUGACAAACAGGAUGGGAAACUACCAGAGGAACAGGGGGUCGCAAAUGAGGCAUUAACAGACCAGAACGUGAUGGCAGGAGAGGCUCUGGACAGAAGGAACAUCUGGGAGCCGAGUGUUUACUACGCGCUGGGGAAUGAGUCUUUUUAUAUCGCAGGUCAUGACAUCAGCAUCCGCGAGUCUAUGGAUACGUUUGGUGCUCUGAUCUGGCCCGGGGCGAUAGCGUUGAGCCAGUUCUUGGAGAAUAACCAGCAGCAAUUGAACCUGAUGGACAAAGCAGUUCUGGAGAUUGGAGCUGGGACUGGCUUGCUCUCAAUAGUGGCCAGUCUGCUCGGUGCUUGGGUGACAGCUACGGACCUGCCUGACAUCUUAUCUAAUCUGAGCUUUAACCUCCUGAGGAACACGAGGGGUCGCGGCCGCUACACCCCUCAGGUGUCCGCCCUCACCUGGGCUCAGCACCUGCAGAGAGACUUCCCCUACCCGGCCUUCCACUACGACUACGUGCUCGCUGCGGACGUGGUCUACCCCCACGGAUCCAUCCAUGAACUGCUGGAGACCAUGCAGCACUUCUGCCGACCGGGGAGUCGCACGACGCUGCUUUGGGCCAACAAGAUCCGGUUCCAGUCAGAUUUAAAGUUCACGGAGAGUUUCGAGAGCAGCUUCGACACCACGCUGCUCGCCGAGCUGCCACAGCAGGAGGUGAGGAUUUACAAAGCCACAGCCAAGGAGUGACGAGGAGCUGCGGGAGGUGGAGGAUCCUGAGAUGUU